UUUUUUUUUGCUUUCACCCAUUCGUAAUGUUUCCCUUUCUUCUUAUACAGUCAUAAAGCAGUUCAUUACUUUUUUUUAUUUGAUACCAUCCACUACUUACUAUUACUACUUAUAUAUAAUACUACUUAUACCUUUUACCGAUGCAACAAUAUCUAUACACCUUUUCUUCAACCAAUCCUUUACUAUCCGACAUAGCGACUGGCACAAAUCAAAUCUCAACCGAUAAUCACUCUUCUACCUUACAAUCUACCCCUCCUGCUUCACCCGCUUUAUCUCAACACAAACGAAAUAUUAAUAAUCGACUUAGUUUCUUGACAAGAUCUUCUUUAUCAGAUGAUGAACCUAGAACUCCUAUCACACCAAAAAGUGCAUACAAAUCUAUCUUUAAUACUGAUGAUCAUCAUCCUCAUAAUCAGUAUAAUGGAUCAAAAAAACCACCAAUUGAAUACAAUACGAUCACAAUUUUACCAACAUUAUCGUCACACCACGAUCAUCAUCAUCCAUCACAUAUUACUUCAACAAAUAUUGAGUACCCAAAUAAUAACAAAUACAUUGAACACCGAAAUGGUAAUAUUCAAGAUACUAUGCCCGGUGCUGGCACUGGUGAAGAAAACGAUAAUACUAUCUGGCCUAAUCCGUUGACCGAUGACUUUGAAAUGCUUCGUACUAACAUUACCUGUAUCACAAGGGAUAUGCAAGCGUUUCAUGUUCGUGAAUUAUUUUGGGAUGAAGCUGCAACAAAUAUGAAGAAGAUCAAGAAACAUAAACGACAUCAUACAGCGCCUGAUCAACACGUGGUCAAUCACUCUUGGACAUCUCUUACCCACGAGGACGACAAUCUUAAAACAUCUUCUCUUUUCAUCUUUCCUGAUCAUCCUUGGCAACAUUCGAAAAAUGAAUGGAAUUCUAAACAAGAUGGAAACAACAAUAUUACUUCUGCUUCGCUUAUCAAAUCCAACCACUCCACGUUAUUGUCUUCCGAAUUUGCAGAAAAAGAUGCGUCGAUCUACCGCCUGUGCAACCAUUUGGAUUCAGAUACCGCUUUGGACAUCGAUGAUUUGAACGAUUACAAUGACGACGAUGAUGGUCAGUGGCGUAGACAAUUUAUGAUGCUGAUGGGAUCUUUGGUCAAACAAGCUGAACAUUUGGAAUAUCUAUCCACCGAACUUUUGAGUGCAGAAAGUCAUGUACGCUCACUUUUAUCAUUGGCUUCCACUGUACAAGAUCAAUUUCAUGAACGGGAAAAGCAAUAUAAAGAUCGAUUACGCGAAUGUGAUGUUGCAGGACAACAACAAUUGAUUAUGCUCGAUGCUUUGGAGGAACUUAUAGCGGAUAUGGACAUGAAAUUACAUCAAUUGGAAUCAAAUGGGAAAAUAUCGGGUCAACCAACUCCGUCUUAUCAUGGACAACAACAAUUAGAACAAAAUGAAUCGACUGGAUUAUUAUCAAAAUGGUACACACAUGUUGGUCAAUCUCUUGAAAAUAUCUUUUCGUCAGUGGAAAAGGAAAGCUUUGCUUGUAAGACGAGAUGGUGUACUGGUAUGCUACUUGGCUUAGAUGUUGGUACAGGUGAUAUUAUUCAUAUACAACAUAGUCCUUCUAAUGGAAUUAAACUGGUGGUUGCCGGAUUUGGAAUACUUUUGAAGGGUGAUAUUAUGGAUGAUCCUCUUUUGGAACAAAUAUCAACAAAUUCAUCGACAAUUUCUCAUUGUAAGUUGACUCUUCGUCAAUAUGUUUUACAUAUGACACCCAAGGAUCGGAAAACACGGUUUUUGAUGUUACCGAAAGAUAAAUGGACACCUGAUAUAUGUACUGAUCAAUGCCAACAUGAAGAAUCAGAAAGAUGUCCAACACAGUUCACUUUUUUUCAACGGAAACAUCAUUGUCGCAGAUGUGGAAAAGUGAUUUGUCAACGACACAGUGGUAAUCGGUUACCUCUCUUUACCAUGGAUCAAGCUGAUUUUGGAAAAGGCCAAUGGAGUCGUGUGUGUGAUACAUGUUUUAUCCAAUGCAUACAAGCUUAAUACUGAUAGAAAUCCCCCCAUUUAGAUUCUCUCUUCUUUUUUUAUCACAUGUAUAUUUUUCUUUCAUCUUACCUCUAUUAGUUAGUUUAUCAUCUUUAUAGAUUUUGUAUAUAUAUAUAUUUCAUUUGAUUCCCAUUCC